UUAGGGAGCCAGGGUCUGCCAAGGGGUGGUAUUGCUGGAAAUUUAGUUUAAAGUUCAAGAUGGGAAACUAUAGGACCAAGUUGCGCAUGGCUGGAUGCCCCGAACUCCAAGUCAACAGCCGCCCUUCUGGACCAAAGCGGAAGCUGAAGAAGGCUAAAAAAAAUGAAGUGAACUUUCUUCCGGCCUUACCUGAAGGAACAACUCAAAAUGCCCUGGAGGAAGAGCGCUUGGAGAUUCUAGAAGAGAUGAAGAAAAAAACUGCAGAUGUGAAGAAAGUUGAACAAAUGAUGGCGAAUACCUUCUCCUUGCGUCGAAAAGAAAUUGUGGAAGAAGAGCCACCUGUGUCCGAGGUGAAGAAGAAGUGGCCAGCUUUAUUUACAGAGCAACAGAUCAAAGCUGAAUUCAACCGCAUCACUUCGUCCAACCUGACCGAAUGCUUCUACACUGGCCUUGACCAACACUUCCCUCGGCUCCUGCAUCUCUACCGAGCGAAGAUGGAGAGAAUCCCGCCCCUGAAGAAUCUCCUUCGCAAGCUUGAGGAUGAUAAUUCCAUCACAAUGAAGAGGACUGUGGCCUUAAAAGGAUUGCCAUACCUCCUCAAUGAAGACCCCUCAGGCUUCCUAAAGACUGCAGAAGCCACAGAACCCGAGGAGGAGAUGACCCAAGGCGUUGGUGUCGGCCUCAUUCUCGUCAGAGACGGAGUGGACCCUCUCGACAUUGCGGUCGUCCUCGAGAAUCAAAUCCUGUUGCACAACAUCGGCGACCUCCCAAAAGCAAUGGCAAUGCUCAUGGGCCUACUGUACGUUGUCAACAUUGAUUACCCAAAGGAGCUGCGCUACACCUUUGAGGUAAUCCAAAAGGUCCUAAUGAACAUUGGCGGCGAGCAUUGCUCUGCAAAGAUUCAUGGACUGCGAAACAAACUCCUACAGGGGAACCCAGCCGGGGAGCUGUGGGGCUGGCUGCGUGCCCAGACUGUGGCCCUGGCCAGCGCUGUGGAGGUGCUGGACAUCAGCUGGUUCACUGAGAGCAUGAGGGCGGGCAGGCCAGUGGCCGUGGAGAGCAGAGAUCGCAUUCAGACGCGACACGGCUCCUAUCAGCAGACCCAGCUGUGGCCCAGCUGGAACCAACUCAGGAGGAAGAUGAAGAGGAAGGAGGUGGAGUCAGAGGAAAGUGGAGAAAAAGAGAAGAGAGGGCUCGGGGGAAGUCUCCCCGGGUCUCUGACAGAGCCCCCCCAGAUGGGGCUUAUGCCUGCUUGA